GUUAUCUCCUGUCCUUGUCGCAGCGUCUGUACGGCAGUCUCGCGGCCCGUGUUGGCGGGCUUAGUCGCUCGUAUCGGAAAACGCGGGAAUCUGUAUCAGUGUAGUGAGUUCUGAUUUGAAAUUUAUUUUGUUGAAUAUUUGUCUAAGGAAUAAAACACAAAAUGUCCCCGAAAAGCAAAGAAGCGGAAUGCGAAAGCGUGACUCUCAAAUCGGACCUGGAUGCAGAUGUGGAAAGCAAAGAUGGCGGCGGCGCGUUGGAGGCGAAGAUGUCGCUCCUCAACGGCUGCACCGUGAUAGUGGGUUCGAUUAUCGGCAGUGGCAUCUUCGUGUCACCCACUGGCGUGUUGAAGUACACCGGCUCAGUCAACGCUAGUUUAAUCGUUUGGAUCACGUCAGGAAUUUUCAGUAUGAUUGGUGCGUACUGCUACGCGGAACUGGGUACCAUGAUCCGACAGAGCGGCGCCGACUACGCGUACAUCAUGGAGACCUUCGGACCUUUCGCUGCCUUCAUCAGGCUCUGGAUCGAAUGCAUGAUAGUGCGGCCUUGUUCACAAGCUAUAGUUGCGUUAACGUUCAGCGUUUACGUAUUAAGACCGGUGUUCCCAGAGUGUGAACCACCGAAUGAAGCAACUAGACUCCUGGCAGCGUGUUGUAUAUUGCUGCUAACGUUCGUGAACUGCUGGUCGGUGCGCGCGGCGACUCGCGUGCAGGACUGGUUCACGUACGCGAAGCUCCUCGCGCUCUUCAUCAUCAUCGCUGCUGGUGCUUACCAGCUGUGCAUGGGCAAGGUGGAACACUUCACUUUCGAGGGUACCACCGACAGCGUUACUUCUAUCGCUCUCUCAUUCUACUCUGGAUUGUUCGCUUAUAACGGCUGGAACUACUUGAACUUCAUAAUCGAGGAGCUGAAAGACCCGGUGCGCAACCUGCCGCGCGCCAUCGCAAUCUCAUGCGCACUCGUCACCAUCGUCUACACCUUCACCAACAUCGCCUUCUACACCACGCUCUCGCCCACCGAGGUUCUAGGUUCUGCUGCGGUAGCGGUGACGUUUGCUGAACGCCUGUUUGGUUGGUUCGCGCUUUCCAUCCCGCUGUUCGUGGCGGCAUCCACCUUCGGAGCCGUCAACGGAGUUCUCCUCACUUCUUCGAGGUUGUUCUACGCGGGCGCGGCGCAGGGCCAGAUGCCGGCGAUGCUGACGAUGGUGACGACGCGCGCCACGCCCGCGCCCGCCGUGCUCGCCGUGGCGCUGCUGUCGCUGCUCUACCUCACCGUCUCCGACAUCUACGCGCUCAUUAACUACGUCGGCUUCGCCACCUGGCUGAGCAUCGGCGCGGCAGUGUUCUGCCUGCCGGUGCUGAGGUACACGCGGCCGAACCUCGAGCGGCCGAUCAAGGUCAACCUGUUCUUCCCUAUUGUGUACAUAAUCUGCACGGUGCUGGUGGUGGCGGUGCCGGCGCUGGCGUCCCCCGCGGAGACCGGCGUGGGCUGCCUCAUGAUCCUCACCGCCGUGCCCGUGUACCUGCUGCUGCUGCACCCCAGGACCAAGAUGAACUGCCUCGAGGCCGUCAUGCAUCGCGCGACAUAUUUAGUGCAAAAAUUAACGAUGGCAGUAAGACCUAAAGUUAAGUGAACACAUCCGACCACAUAUCCGACUAUUCAAAGCCAGACCAAAGCGUACCAAUGGUAUAUGAUCAUUGAAACGACUACAUUAAGCAGUGUGUUUUGGAUUUUAAUACUUACGUUGGAUAAAAGUAAAAUUUAUUCGACCAUAAAUCCAAUGUAAUCAGUUUUUGAAAGUUGUUAAAUCACUGUCAUAACAGAGACACAGAUUUUACUGCUCAAAUAUUGGUAGGCAUUUGAGAUUUGGUGCCUUAUAACUGAUUUUGGACUUUAUUUGUAGAGCUGAGCCAUUAUUGGUCGAUUAAAAACAAUGCCCCAUAUCAGUCGACUAACAGCCGUUUUUAAAAACGAUCUCCAUUUCAAUCUUUAAUCUUCCGAGAAUGAACCAAUCAAAAGAACUCAUUUGUAAACUGUCAAGAAAAACUUUUUUGAUUGGUUGGAGAUAGAUUGAAAAAAGCGAUUUGGAUCGGUUAGUAAAAAUGGCGGAUAGUCGUGUAGAAUGAUUCAAAUUUGUCUCCUUAUAAUAAGGUUUUAAUUCCACCGAGGCGGUUUUUGUGGCCUGGGAAUAAAAGUAGACAUCACAAACAAUAUUAACUUCAUUAUUCGCGUUUUAAAAUAUUAAUAAAUAGAGUUUGUGUCUCUGUUUAGAUAAAUAUAAAUGUUGCUGCUAUAUUGUUAGAUAAAUAUCUAUAUCCUCGAAUUGUAUUGCAUGUUUGGCGUUAAACAUUAUUUUUACAUAAGCUUUGGUUUUCGAUCCGCUUUUGCAUUGUAUUGUAUUUUGUACCACGACAGGGCACAUUAAUUUUAUAACCAAUAUGAUCUGAUAGCACAAACUGGCGUUUAUUUCAAUACUUCAAUGCAUUUAUGCGUUUUUAAUUUAGUAUUUACUAUUAGGUAUCACGUAAAUGGAUUUUUAAGCAUUUCUCAAUAGAUAUGAGGGUACAUUUGCAUAGGCAUAUUUUAUUUUAUUCUAUAAACUACACAAUUGAAGGAAAUAUUAAAAUUUCAAAUAGACUUGAUCGUAAAAUUCACUACACAUUUGCUAGUGCCGACGUAUUUUCUUACAAGAAAGCUUUACAAUCCAUAGAAACUCGAUUUUUAAUAGCUGAGCGAUAUUUUUUGUAGCUAAUACAAGGUAACACUGCCAAUGUUAAUGUAAGAGAAGUAGUCCAUAUCGCGAGACGCAUGCGACGCAUCCCAACUCCCAGCUAUAAAUAGGCUUGUAGAUUACAGAAUUCAUAUAUUAAAUAUAUUUUGUAUGAUAUGCAUCAAAAAGUAUACUAAUCAAAAUUCAAAGAGCAAAAUUAAUCAAAUAUUCUGAUUGCAAUCUCAUCUCAAUAGUGUUAAACAACUGCCCCUCAAACAUCACAAACUUAUACUUUAAACAUUCCUUCACAAAGUUCCUAUAGCUGUGUCCUAUACGACCAAUGAGAUUUUAGUUCAAACUUAAUUCCAAUAAUACCUUCAUGUCUUUCAAUUUAGUUUCAAGAUAAACAUUUUUAUAAAUAUUAAUUUAUUUAUUUAAAAGAUGUGGACCGUAUCUAAAUAACUGUUACUGUGUAAUCACGCUAUUUUUUUGUCUAAGUUGAUCAUAAUACUAGGAAUACUCUUAAAAUUAUUUUGCUUUUUUUCUCUUAGCAUAUAAACAUUGACAAUACGUGUAUAUGUACCUAGCGGUAGCUUUUGUAUGCCUGUCUUCAAUUACGUGUAUUAUAUUAAUUGUAUGGGAUAAAAUCAAUAACAAGUUAACGUAGAAUGAUAUAAAUACAAGUACACAACUAUAAUUUUUCGAGUUAUACACAAUUAAUGCCAUCAGGGGCGGACUUAGGUCCCAAAUUCAGGAGGUAUAGACUCGCACAGUCUUCCUCCAAAAAUGCUUAUGAAUAAGCAUUCGAUUUUUUUGUUUAAUUAAGAGAUUAAUUUAUCUUUGGUGUUAUAAAAUUAUGGUAAAAACAUUUUUAUAAUAUAUUUGCUUAAAACUUACUUGUUAUUGAUAUUUAUUUCUAGACAUACAUUUUGAUAGCAUGUAAGAAUCAAUGUUGAAGUUAUCAACAAAUGCGUAUAUUCGGUACAAUUACAACAUUAUAGCAUUACGGAAAAUGUUAAAAUUAAAAAUAAUUUGCGAUAAAUAAUUGGCAUUAAUAACUAACAUUUCAAUGAAAUAAUGUGGUAAUGUAAGAUUAUUUCUAACGCUUUAAUAAAAGUGUUAACAUACAGCUAGAUUAUAUAUUAUAUAUAAUUUCCCACCAGGUGAUAGCGACCACGCCAGCUUUUUGUAGAAAAAAACAAUUACCACAUUAUUCACUUGGAUUCAUCAAGCUUAAGGAAUAUGUUUUUUGUCAAAAUGGCUGUGCUUUACAAAGAAACAAAAUUCCCAAAGGAUUUUUAUUCUGCGUUUACUUUAAGUUCUCGCAUAAGUCAUUAGAAAUAAGUUAUGUUGGCAAAUAAACACUUGUUGUAGUACAAUUUAGUGAUAAUUUGCUUAGGUAUGUUUUUUUUUUUUGGAAGUGAAGUUCUAACAUCGAAAUAAGAAAGAAAUUAAAAUCGGAUUUAACCACAUGUAAAACCUCCACUGGAAUAAUUUUACGUUUUUUUAGUUUAAUUUUUAUGCCGGGAGGUCAUGGGCCCACAACACUCAACCUAAAUUCGUUUUUUAAAUAACUAUAAGGUGUUAGGACUUUGCGAAUAUAAUAUAAAUGUAUUAUUCACGUUGGCAUACUCAAAACAUUCCAAUGUUUUUUUUUUUGCAUUGCUCAAUCGAGUUGAGUUUAGUUUCAUAUUUAUGCGAGAUUAUUAUGCGAAAUAUGAACUUAUUUUUUUACGUUUUCUUACUCUUUCCCUAAUUAUGUAGAAGUCAAUUAUUGAUCUAAUCUACAAGCAUGUUUUUUUUAAAUAAUUUGAUAUCACUUAUAGAUAUAUUCAGCUUUAUCAUUUUGUAAUUUUUUCUAUUAUCUUUUUUAUUUUCAUAUUAAUCCGAAUCAGAGGGAAAGAUGAAUUUAUGAAUCUCUAGUUUAUUUAAUUCUCAAAAUAUACAGAAUGUUGUGUCGAGAUUUCUUUUUCUAGUAUGUUUUAGAUUUGUGUAUGUAUCGCAUAGUAUAGACAAAUAAAUGUUUAAUAAUGUUGUGUACGUGUCAAUGUAUCUGUGAAACAGUGAUGUUAUAUGGAGACCAUGUGACAAUAAUAAAUUAUUGGAGAUA